AUGCGAGGUGUUGGCAUAGGAACUAGCCAAAUUAUGGAUUACAUGGUGCAACAAUCAGGUGGAUAUAACAAUGUUGGCUUCACAAAAAAAGAUCUAUAUAACCAUGUUGAUGCUGAUCGUAGAGUUCAUCUAAGAGAUGGUGAUGCAGAGGGUGCUUUGGCUUAUUUGUGUGGAAAGUCUGAAAUGGAUCCAUCAUUUUAUUACAAGUACAAUGUUGAUGAAGACAACCAUCUAGCAAACCUGUUUUGGGCAGAUUCUACUAGUAAAUUGGAUUACAGUUGUUUUGGAGAUGUAUUAGCAUUUGAUACAACUUAUCGGACUAAUGCUUAUAAAAAACCGUUGGUCAUAUUAGUUGGCAUUAACCAUCACCAUCAAACUAUAGUGUUUGGAUCUGCAUUAUUGGUAGAUGAGAGUGUUAGCACUUAUACUUGGGUCUUGGAGACUUUUUUGGACGCAAUGAAUAACAAAAAGCCUCUUUCUGUUAUUACUGAUGGGGAUAAAGCAAUGCGUAAAGCCAUCAAGAGGAUAUUUCUAGACUCUUGUCAUCGAUUAUGUGCUUGGCAUAUUCAACGCAAUGCAUUCACUAAUGUCCAUGUCAAAGAUUUUACUAAUCAUUUUUCUAAGUGCAUGUUCAUGGAAGGCACCGUUGAAGAAUUUGAAUGUGCAUGGAAUGACAUGUUGGAAAUGUUUAAUCUUCAUGGACAUAAGUGGGUGACAGAUAUAUAUGCUAAGUGUUCUAGAUGGGCAGAGGCUUAUUUAAGGGGGCAUUUCUUUGCUGGUAUGAAAAGCACACAAAGGUGUGAGAGCAUGAAUGCAUACUUGAAUCGUUUCCUUAAAACUCGUUUGAAGCUGUUUGAGUUUGUCAAGCAUUUUGAUAGAGCACUCUCACGUAUUCGUCAUAAUGAGGCAAAGGCAAAGUUUGAGACACACCAUUCUUCAGCUGUUCUAACAACCAAACUCUAUGCACUUGAGAAAUAUGCAGGGACUGUUUUCACAAGGCAAUCUUUUCUAAAAUUUAGGGAUGAGAUGAAGAAUGCAGAAUUGUUUUUCUCUGUCAGUACAGAAAAUCAUGGAGGUUAUCGUGUCCAUACAUUGACCAAGUUUAGAAGCCCUGACAAGAUUUGGAAAUUGGUUUUCCAUGUCCCCACAUGA